AUGCCAAAGAUCAAAAAACCAAAGAAGAAUGGUCCACCACCUGAAGGUUACUCCAAAAUUGAACCAACAUUAACUAAAUAUAGAGAUAAAUUGAAAACAGCACAACUGAAACCUGAUCCUACAAAAUCAAAACAAUCUUCAUUAUGGAUAAUAUAUGAAUUAAAUUAUAAAAUUUCAAGAUAUGUAUAUGAUAUGUAUAAAAACAAGCGAAUAUCUAAAGAUUUAUAUGAUUGGUUAUUAUUACAAAAUUACGUUAAUUCCGAUUUGAUUGCUAAAUGGAAGAAAUCAGGAUAUGAAAAAUUAUGUUGUAUUAAUUGUAUAUCAACAAAUACAAAUGGUGGAGGAACUUGUAUUUGUAGAGUUCCAAAAGCUAAAUUAAUUGAAAAGGACCCCGAGAAAGUAAAUACUGAAUGUAUAACUUGUGGUUGUAGAGGGUGCUCAUCUAGUGAUUGA